GAUAACUCCGACACCUCCUCGUCGUCCACCAUGUUGUCCAGAGUCUCUACCCGGUCCGGAAAGGCCCUCUCUCGCUCUGCACUUCGCUCUACUGCUUCCCGUGUCGUCGUCAAGGAUGUUCGCAGGUCUUUCGUCCAACCGUCCGGCGCUGACCGGGCCAGUGUCGUCGAUGUUCCCUCGUCAUACCAGGAGGACACCGCGUUCGCCCCUAGAGUCGACAUGUUUGGCUUCAAGCUAGAGGCAACUCGUCGAGAGGGCGGCGUUUCUGAGCAAGCCCGCCCGAUUUACCUCGACAUGCAGGCGACCACGCCCGUGGAUCCUCGAGUGCUCGACGCUAUGCUACCAUAUUUGACCGACCAGUACGGCAAUCCACACAGCCGGACGCAUGCGUAUGGUUGGGAGGCUGAGAAGGCCGUGGAAGACGCACGCAAGCACGUCGCAGACCUCAUUGGCGCUGACUCCAAAGACGUUGUUUUCACUUCUGGAGCUACUGAGACCAAUAAUAUGGCCAUCAAGGGUGUAGCCCGCUUCAACAAAGAGAAGAAAAAGCACGUCAUUACAACCCAAACUGAGCACAAAUGCGUUCUCGACUCUUGCAGGAAGCUGCAGGAAGAGGGCUUCGACGUGACCUAUCUCCCGGUUCAAAAGAACGGCAUAAUCCGUCUCGACGAACUUGAGGCCGCCAUUCGCCCCGAUACUUCGCUGGUUUCUAUCAUGACCGUAAACAACGAGACCGGUGUCAUCCAACCCAUCAAGGAAAUUGGCGAGAUUGUUCGCAAACACCGUGGCGUCUACCUCCACACCGACGCGGCGCAGGCCGUAGGCAAGAUUCCAGUCGACGUCAACGAGAUGAACGUCGAUUUGAUGAGUAUUUCGGGACACAAGCUUUAUGGCCCUAAGGGGGUCGGCGCUGCAUACGUCCGGCGGAGGCCUCGCGUCAGAUUGGAGCCUAUUCUGAGUGGUGGCGGACAGGAGCGUGGCCUGCGGAGUGGCACCCUCCCGACUGCGCUGGUGGUCGGUAUGGGUGAGGCUGCACGGGUGGCGAGGCAGGAGAUGACCAGGGAUCGUGCACGCAUCCGGGCGCUCUCCGACCGUCUUAUCAACAACAUCAACGCCCGCAUCGAGCAAGUCGUGCGGAAUGGUGACCCCAACGGGUACCCCGGUUGUGUCAACUUGAGCUUCUCAUAUGUGGAGGGCGAGAGUUUGCUCAUGGCGUUGAAGGACGUCGCGCUUUCCUCCGGCAGUGCAUGCACCUCCGCGUCGCUUGAGCCGUCCUAUGUCCUACGUGCGCUUGGCGCCGCAGAGGACAUGGCACACUCGUCGUUGCGCUUCGGAAUCGGCCGCUUUACCACCGAGGCGGAGAUCGACUACGUAGUCGACAAGAUUACUUCCGUCGUGCAGAGGCUCCGUGACAUGAGCCCGCUGUGGGAGAUGGUUCAGGAGGGUAUCGACAUCAACAGCAUCGACUGGUCGCAGCAUUAAACACAUGCUCACCUCCCUUUUCCGUUAUGUCAAGCUAUCUCCCCGAUGCUACCCAUGGACGGCCUUGCUAUGCUUGACCAUGCCUGCUGUCGUGUUGCCAAAGCUAUUGUCGUGACACCGCCCACAAGUUUAUAUUCGUACUGUAUGACCUGUCUGGAUGAGUCCUCCGUGUAUUCUAUGCUUCCCUGCGGAAUCCAGUAAUCCCUCACAAAAUAUUAUCUCGACCUUGCCC